UGUAUCCUAUUCAGUGCAUGUCUCUGAGGAUUACCCAGAUAACACUUAUGUUUCCAGUUCUGAUAACGAUGAAGAUGUGUUAGUUACAACAGAGCCAAUUCCAGUAAUUUUCCAUCAAAUCGCUACAGAAUUAAGAAAAACCAGUGAUGUCAACUAUUGCUUAUCCAUAAAAUCAAAAUUACAGAGGGAGAAUGGAGAGGAAUCACGGCACAACAGCACAGUUGAAGAAGAUUCUGAAGGUGAUAAUGAUUCUGAGGAAUUUUAUUAUGGAGGACAGGUUAGCUAUGAUGGAGAGCUUCACAAGCACCCACAACUGGAGGCUGAUUUGACAGCAGUGAGAGAGAUCUAUGGACCUAAUGCAGUAUCUCUCAGGGAAUAUGGAGCCAUUGAUGAUGUAGAUAUUGAUCUACAUAUUGAUGUUAGCUUUCUUGAUGAAGAGAUUGCUGUGGCUUGGGAUGUAAUUCGCACAGAGCCUAUAAUAGUGCGAUUGCACUGUUCUCUUACACAGUACUUAAAUGGUCCAGUGCCAACUGUGGAUGUAUUUCAGAUCUCUACUAAGGAAAGAUUUGGGCUGGGACAUCAGCUGAAAAAAAUCAUGCAGACAUUUGUUACACAGCAGUGGAAGAACAGCAAAGAGAAAUCUAAUUGUACGCACAAUAAGAAGAUGUCUGACAAAAAGAUGAAGUCCCCUCUGCACAUCUUUUCUACAUUGCGCAGGUCGCCAAGUUAUCCUCCACCUGGCUGUGGUAAAAAUAAAUCAAAACUGAAGUCAGAACAGGAUGGCAUCUCCAAAACUCACAAGCUACUAAGAAGGACUUGCUCUAGCACAGUGAAGGCAGAAGAUAUGUGUGCCACAAAAUCUCACAGAACCUUUGGCCGCUCGUUGUCGAGUGACCCUAGGGCUGAACAGACAAUGGCUAUUAAAUCGCACAAACUGUUGAACCGUUCUUGCUCUGCCGCCAUCAAGCAGGAGGAAUGCAUCACUUUAAAGCCUCAUAAGCUGUUAAAUAGGUCAUGUUCUGGGGAUCCUCGCUGUGAGCACAACAGCACCUUGAAGCCACACAAACUUUUAAGCAGGUCCUACUCCAGUAAUCUUAGAAUGGAAGAAUUGGAUGGAUUGAAGAAUCACAAGAUACUCAGCAAGACUUACUCCAAUGCCCCUAAAUCAUCCAAAAUGGAGCCUUUCAAGGAGUCCACCAUAGCAGAGGGCAGGAGGCUCUCUCUUACCUCAGGGCUUAUUGGUAUCUUAACACCAUCGUCUUCAUCACCUUCACAAGCUGCUCAAAAUUAUGGUGCAAAAUGCAUUCCGGUACGAGAUCGUGGCUUUCUUGUGCAGACUAUUGAAUUUGCUGAGCAGCGGAUACCAGUAUUGAAUGAAUACUGUGUAGUUUGUGAUGAACCCCAUGUGUUUCAGAAUGGCCCUAUGCUGAGGCCCUCCUACGGUCUGCUUAUAUUUUUAGAAUCUGUGUCAAGAUCCCAUUUCCUACAGUUGUCCAUAUCUCAAACUCUGGUUAAAUGGACUCUGUAG